CCAAGUGUUGGCAUCACAAACCCUAGAAAGCUUCCCUCUUCGACACGACCGUACUCUUUGUCUCUGCCAGCAAUGUCUUGUCCACCCCACGUUUCACCACAUCACUCCUAUAUAUGCACCCACUUGCUCGUUCUCUGCCUUGUCACUCACGUAAAUAUACCAUUGGACUCUUCCCUUCAUCUUUUUCUGGUGCUCCAUCGUGUAACAGCGUAUUCACAGAAGAAAGAAAAAAAAACUCGAUCGGCAUCAGAUGUCAUCGGUAAAGCCAAAGGCGAUCAAGCGAGCGGUGCAAACGAGUUCGAGGAAAGGGUGCAUGAGAGGGAAAGGAGGACCAGAGAAUGCUUCUUGCACGUACAAGGGAGUUAGGCAACGGACUUGGGGCAAAUGGGUAGCCGAGAUCCGUGAGCCUAACCGUGGGGCCCGUCUCUGGCUCGGGACAUUCGAUACAUCCCACGAAGCCGCCUUGGCCUACGACUCGGCGGCUCGUAAGCUCUACGGACCAAGCGCUCAAGUCAACCUCCCUGAGUCACCAACCAGAUCCGACAACAACAAUGAAGAUGCGUCCAAGAACACGAACAGAAACAAGAAUAGGAAGAAGAUCAGUAACAGUGUCAGCAACAGUGACAGGGGCAAGACCAGAACUGAGGAUUCUGAUGGUUUGGUCGGAGAAUACUCUGUAGGGUCGUUGUCGUUGUCUUCGAGUUCCUCGGAGGAUGGAGAUCGGAGUAUGUGGCGAAGUAAGGAGGGCAUAUGGGAGCAUAUGAGCGUGGAUUUGCCUGUCAUAGAUGAUUCUAUAUGGGAAGAAGCUACAAUUUCAUUAGGGUUUCCAUGGGUUAGGGAUGAUAUAUCCAUGUUCGAUGACUCUGGUUGGAAUUCGUCUCUUUCCCUUGGUGAAAUGUGACAGCUUUAUAGUUGGAUACACAUACCCUAAAUAAUUAUAGUAAUAACAAUAAAAAUAAUUGGGGGAUAUAUGCUUGAUAACCAGUGUAAUAUAUAGAUUUUAGCUGUGCACAUGUGUACGUGUAUAUAUAUUUAUACAAGAAUAGGAUAUAUUUUCUUUCUUCAA